ACUCGCCCACUCCUCCCACUCCCUUCGCCUCCAGCUCUACGAAGCCCCGAAACCUUAUCUCCCAACCCUCAUCCCAUCCCGAGCGUCAUGGCGGCCGCGCUCUUCUCCACCUCGCUCUCACCCUGCUUCCUCCCCCUCUCCUCCCCGAAGCCAGCUCCCGUCCCCUGCAGGCUGCCGCUGCCUCUGCGCGCCGUGCUGGCGCCGUCGGAGCUGGCGCCGCGGAGGCGGUCCUUUGAGCCCGUGGCCGUCGCGGUGUCGUCGGAGUACGAGACCGAGGGCGCGGAGCAGGGGGAGGGAGCGGAGGAGUUUUCCGAGGACCUGAAGCUGUUCGUUGGCAACCUGCCGUUCAGCGUCGACAGCGCGCAGCUCGCCGGGCUCUUCGAGCAGGCCGGCUCCGUCGAGAUGGUAGAGGUUGUAUAUGAUAGAAUGACUGGCCGAAGCCGUGGAUUUGGAUUCGUGACAAUGUCUUCAGCUGAAGGAGCUGGGGCCGCGGUUGAGCAAUUCAACGGUUAUACAUUUCAAGGACGAUCCCUGAGGGUAAACUCAGGGCCACCACCGCCUAGAGAUGACUUCGCACCAAGAGCACCAAGGGGUGGUGGCGGUGGCGGCAGCUUUGAUUCAGCGAACAAGGUCUACGUGGGGAACCUCUCGUGGGGCGUCGACAACUCGACACUCGAGAACCUGUUCAGCGAGCAAGGGCAGGUGCUUGAUGCUAAGGUCAUCCACGACAGGGAGAGCGGCAGGUCAAGGGGGUUCGGUUUUGUCACAUAUGGCUCUUCUGAGGAGGUCAACAAUGCCAUAUCAAACCUUGAUGGCAUCGACUUGGAUGGCAGACAAAUCCGAGUUACAGUUGCAGAAUCGAAGCCGAGGCGUCAAUUUUGAAAUUUCAUUAGGUUGCUUUAGAGGUUGAUAAUGUGCUUGGCCAAGUUAGUUCCUAGCUUCUAUUCUUGCCUCCGUAUGAGUAGAAGAAGAUGUGGUUAAUGAGAGAUUGGAAGUGAAAUUGUUGCAUACGUGGAAGAUUUUUCCCAGCCCUGCAAUGCACACGCCCUCUUAUGCUCAUUGCGCCUCCAAACAGAAGUAGAAAUCUUGACAAAGUUAUUGUGCCCAUAUGCAUAUAUAGCAGUGAUCAAGAACAGAUGUGUGUUACGAUCUAA